AUGCCUUCUCUUGCUGAACCAAAAGCAUACUCGAAUCGUGCCCUCGAGAGGCUGUUUCGUAGUCCAGUCACCCCUCAAAUGAUCGAUCACAUUGCCAACUACGCCAGCACGGUGAUCGAGUGCAGCCCACCACCCUCCCCGGUCGAUGCCUAUGCCAACACUCUCCCUUCCCCACCCAGCACACCCGCCCACCACAGCUCAUCUUCAUCAUUAUGUAGCAGUACUGAAUCAACAGCAGCGUCAACGACAACGGGGUCAGCAGUAGUAGUGCCGCCAUUGAACGACUUUAUCCGGAUACUCGUCCUCAACUCCAAUGUCCAGGCCUCGACUCUUCUUCCUACCCUCGUCUAUCUGGAACGUCUCAAGCACAAGCUCCCAGUCGCAGCAAAAGGAAUGCAUUGCACCUGCCACCGCGUCUUCUUGGCCAGCUUGAUCGUCGCCGCAAAGUACCUCAAUGACCAGUCACCCAAGAACAAGCAUUGGUCUGCCCACUCGACCGUCUUUUCUGUCGGCGAGGUCAACCUCAUGGAGAAGCAGCUCCUUGCCCUCCUGGAUUUUGACCUUCGUAUCACCGAGGCUGACUUGGCUUCCUCCCUUCAAGACUUCCUUCAACAGCAGCAAACCGUGUCUGCGCCCACUACCACAUCUACCACCGCCACUGAAAGGCGCAACAGCCGUUAUGCCUCGACCCCUCUGUCUGUUGUUACGACAGUCUCUAAGGCAUCUGCAACCACCGCGUCUUCUUCGGCAAUGGUCUCGCCUACGACCCCCUCUCCCCGUAGCAGUGGCACUUACCAGACCACGCCUUUGAACCAGGUUAGCUCCAACAAGCGUGGAUCAAUUGGCAGCCGUGGUAGCCGGACACAGUUCCAGAUGCCUCAGAUUGUUCAACAGCAGCAGCCUCAGGAUGUGUUCAGGAGGAGACCUUCUUUGCCUAACCAGCCUUGUUUGGAGGAGGGCGAGACUUUGCAUGGGUAUGCAAACAAGGUUGGGGGUCCCUUCCGUAGUCACCACCAGGGUCAUUACUACCAGCAUCAGCAGUACCAGCACCAGCAGCACCAUUAUGGCGCUCAUCAACAGCAGCAUGCUCAUCACCAUCAGAGCCAUUACCCAUCCCCCGACGGUAGUGCUGACGCCGCUUACCAGCGCUCUUCUUCCACUUCGGAUGAGGAGAUGACGCCCGUCUCAGCUUCGGCUUCGGCAUCUUGCUCUCCCGAGCAAAUGAACAGCACUGGUGCUCAACGGUCGUGGCCCGUCUAUGGUCGUCACUCCAUGCCUCCCUCUUCGUUGACUGGUAACCCUGGAUACAAGCACUACCAGUCUGGUACCUCUUCAUCCUCGGUCCACCCCCAAUACCAAGUAUAUGGUCAUCACCAGACUUCGACCUCGUCCACCUCCACGGGCCGCCAUGGUGCCUGGGCUGCUGCCACUGGUGCCACAAGCCGUGCCAUGUGCUAA